GAACCACUUAAAAUUUUUCUAAAUUUAGCCAGGGUUUAUCCCAGUUAACUUGUCAUAUGAAGUCACCAGGGAAUUCCCCUGACUUCAACCCACAGUGGAUGGAAGCCUGGCACGCUGCUCACAAUAGGAGAACAAAAGUCUAAAAUUCAAGGUAGUAAGUAAAUAUUUCACUUAACAUGGUUUUUCAUCCUAUUGUCUAAUAAACCAAGAUAACAAUCACGUUGUUGUUGUUGUUGUUGUUGUUUAUUAGGCAUGUACUAUGGUAUUGUGUGAUGACAUAACCUGGGCCGCAUCCUUCCGUUCAAAUUCACUCCCAAAAGGUACCAUGCCAUUCCAGUACAAGAAAAAGAGGGAAAAGUUUGGAUCAACGCCAGCUGCUGACAUGUUACGGGCUACAAAACGUGUUCUUGAAGGAUCUGAAAGUAUCCGUGCUGUUGCAAAGCAAACCGGUAUACCACGUGCUACCCUCAGACGCUAUGUGGACAAUGCUAGAAAAAAUGGCCUGGAGGAAGCAAGAAUGGCACCAAACUACAAAAAUGCUUUAGUGUUUACGGAAAAACAGGAGACGGACAUUGCUGAAUAUCUCCAGACAGCCUCUAGGAUGCAUCACGGACUCACUACGGCGGCUACUCGAAUGCUUGCAUAUGAGUUUGGAGUGAAGAAUAAUGUCACCAUGCCAAAGAGUUGGACAGACAAUAAAAGUGCAGGUCUUGACUGGCUUCGAGGAUUCAUGAAGCGCAAUCCCACCCUCAGCAUUCGAUCCCCAGAACCAACAAGUCUUGGAAGAGCAACCAGUUUCAACAGAAAGAAUGUGAAUGAAUUUUUUGACAAUCUGGAAGCAGUCAUGAAGAAGUAUAAAUUCGACCCAAGCCGGAUAUAUAAUGUUGAUGAAAGUGGCCUAACAACCGUUCAAAAACCACCCAAAGUUAUUGCACCAAAGGGCAAGAAACAAAUAGGACAAAUAACUUCUGCAGAACGGGGAACUUUGGUGACAAUGAGUGGGUCAGUUAAUGCCAUAGGAAACAGCAUACCCCCUCUAUUAAUAUUCCCUCGCGUGCACUUCAGGGAGCACGUGCUAAGAGGAGCUCCUCCUGGAACUAAAGGAGCUGCAAAUCCGAGCGGUUGGAUGUCGUCAGACAUAUUUGAAACAUGGUUAGAUCACUUCAUUGAGCAAAGUCAGUCAUCUCAGGAAAGGCCGGUACUGCUGAUACUAGAUAACCACACCACCCACAUUUCGAUUUCAAUAAUCGACAAGGCAAAAGCAAAUGGUGUUGUGCUUCUAACAUUUCCGCCCCAUACAAGUCAUAAGCUGCAACCAUUGGACAGAACAGUUUACGGCCCACUUAAAACCUACUUCAAUGCUGCUUUGAAUGAUUACCAGCUUAGCCAUCCAGGCAAAACGGUUACAAUCUAUGAAAUAGCUGAAUGCCUUGGUAAGGCAUAUCCUCGAGCUUUCACACCUGAAAAUAUCUGCUCAGGCUUUAAGGUAACAGGCAUUCACCCUUUUGAUCGCCAUGUGUUUACUGACGAUGACUUUCUUAGCUCUUAUGUGACUGAUCGGGAACAACCAGAAGUUCUCGAAGUGCAUGAUGCCACUGGAGUCCCGUCCGGCACAGAAGAAAGCCAUCAGUCAGAAACCAAUUUCAACGGUGAACCAGAAGAAGAAGCACCUCCACCGACUGCCUUGCCUACAUCAACUGCCCAAGGACCAACUAGCACACUUUGCCAUGCUCACGCAGAGUCGGCAGAACCUGUAGCUGGACCUUCAGGUACUUCAAACAAAUACUGGACCCCGGAACAGGUUCGACCAUACCCAAAGGCAGGACCCAGAGCGAAAAAUCAAAGCUCGAGACCAAAGUGUAAAACCCAGAUUUUGACAGACACACCCGUACGAGACCAGUUGCUCUCAAAAUUAUCCUGUAAGAGAAAAUCAAGUGGAAAAACAAAAGCUGCCAAGAAGGUGGCACAGGGACCCGAGAAUCCCCAAAACGACAGUUCAUCAAUGGAAGAUUCGGAAUCUGAGGUAUCUUAUGCUGAUGGAUCAGACAGUGACGAUUCACAGGAAGACUCUCAGUUUGUCGUCAUGGAACCCGACAUGGAGCAGGUGGCAGUUGGAGAUUAUAUGGUUGUAAAAUACGCCAGAAAAAAGAGCACAAGUUACUUUGUAGGGACUGUUCUGAACAAAGAUUUGGAGGAUGGUACCCUGGAGGUGAAAUACAUGGUAGAAAAACCCCAGAAAUUUGCACACAGGUUUAUUUUUCCGGAAAAGGAUGACAUUGACAUUGUACCAAUUCAGGAUGUUGUUAUGAUUCUUCCAAAACCUACGCCAGUCGGGGGCACCAAACGUGCUUCAAACCAGUUUGUGUUCGAUGUGAAUCUUGAUAAAUACUUUCAUGUUUAGAUGCUGUGAUGGCAUCGUGUUUAGAUGCUGGACUGGCAUGGCUUGGGAUGUUAUAGAUGUGUGCUAAAAAAAUAGGUCAGGCCAGGAUGGCAUAGAUCCAAAUCCAGUUCUGUGUUCAGGUUUUUUUAAGACAGGAGCAACUGAUUCACCCGUUGUUUGCUCAUGUUAUUUGUGAUUUGGCUUAGGACAGGCCAGAGGCAAUCGGCGAUGUGCCUAUACGAGUUCAGGUUAAGUUUGUUAUAGGCUAAGGCAUAAGUAUCUGCCUGUUUUCUGUUUAUGGUGUUCAACCAACACCAGUCGUUGGCAUCAAACGUACUUUAGACCAGUUCAUGUUUGAUGUGGUCUUUUAACACGUUCAUUUUUGUAUGCUGGGAUGGCAUAUGAGGUACCUAUACUUCUGUUGUAGGCUUUAAGAAGCCUUGAGUUCCAAUUUCAGGUUGGUUGGUUAUUUGGCUAAGCGUGCCCAUUACUAGUAUCUCAUUUCAGAUUAUUUUGGUGUUUCGGCUAAAGACAGGCCUCAGGUUUAAUUAUGUUUUAUAGACUGUAAUGCUGCUGUGCAAACACGUGUUCCUACAAAAAAAAAAACUUAUAAUAGCUGGACUUUUUUUGUUAAGAUUUUAGAUUUUUUUGUUAUCUUUACUGUUUUACAAGU